AUGGAUGACGCUAAGAAGGCCGUCGAGGCCGGUGUCGACGGUGUGGAUCUGGUUAUCGGAACCUCCAGCUUCCUGCGCGAGUAUAGUCAUGGCAAGAGCAUGGCUAUGAUCCAGAAGACCGCGCUCGAGGUCAUUGAGUACCUGAAGGGGCAAAAUGUUGAGGUCCGCUUCUCCUCGGAGGAUUCCUUCCGUUCCGAUCUCGUCGACAUCCUUGCGCUCUACAAAGCCGUUGAUGGCGCUGGUGUGCACCGCGUUGGUAUUGCCGACACAGUUGGCGGCGCUACCCCUCGUAUGGUUUACGAUCUCGUAAGGACACUUCGCGGUGUCGUCGGCUGCGACAUUGAGUGCCAUUUCCACGACGAUACUGGGUGCUCGGUCGCAAAUGCCCACAGCGCUCUCGAAGCUGGCGCCACUCAUGUGGACACCUCCGUCCUCGGCAUUGGCGAGCGCAACGGCAUCACUCCUUUGGGUGCUUUCAUGGCCAGAAUGGUUGUCACCGCCCCCGAGUACACCAAGUCCAAGUACAAUCUGAAGGAGCUCAAGGCCCUCGAGACUCUUGUCGCCGACGCGGUCCAAAUCAACAUCCCGUUCAACAACCCCAUCACGGGCUUCUGUGCUUUCACCCACAAGGCUGGUAUUCACGCGAAGGCUAUCCUGGCCAACCCUUCGACCUACGAGAUUCUCGACCCCGAAAUCUUCGGUCUUUCCCGCUACGUGUCCAUUAACAGCCGCAUCACCGGCUGGAAUGCUGUUCGCUCGAGAGCUGAUCAGCUUGGCCUUGCCAUGACUGACGACCAGGUCAAGGAAGUGACUGUCAAGAUCAAGCAGAUGGCUGAUAUCCGACCACUUGCCAUUGAUGACACGGACAGCAUCCUUCGCUCGUUCCAUCUUGAAUUGCAGAACGCAUAG